AUGCAAACCGCGAUGGAGAGCAGGGCCACGGUCCUGGGUAAGAGAACAUGUCGUUCCGACUCCAUAAAUCUACCAGACGACUCCCUUUUCCCCUCCCUCCCCACACCUGAAUCUACCCCCAACUUCAAACGAAUGAAGACUACUGCCACCAUUCUCGGUGACGAUAGCAACAAAGAAAACAUCCCUCCGUUCCGAUUUGAUGCUAUCAACAUCCCUCAGACGCCCCGCCCACUGCGUCGGACUCGGACCGAUGCCACUAUUCCUUCAUCACCUAUCGCUCCUCUUCGUCGGAGCACAUCUUCGUCCGAAGUUGACGGCGCGUCUUCCCUCCAGACCCCACCCCCUACUCCCCAACAGAAUCUUCCAAUUUACCUACGAGCCCGUGCUCUCCUUCGUACCACUUGCGAUGGUGCAUCGACUAUCGCUGGCCGUGGUGAAGAACGGGAAGUCAUCACAAAGUUCAUCUCGUCCUUCCUAAAUCCUUCUGAAGAGGCGGAAUCCUCAAUGGCCGCCACUCUUUAUAUCUCGGGGACUCCUGGCACCGGUAAGACAGCCCUAGUGAACGCCAUUGUCAAGGACAUCGAUGCGGGAUGUAAGGUUGUCUAUGUCAACUGCAUGGCCUGUGAAGGUCUUCCUGCGCUGUUCGCGAAGAUGUGCGAAGAGUUCGGCGGGCCAGCCAUGGUUGUGCGAGCUUCCCGCACCGCGAAAGGCAAGGUCAAGGACACCAAGGAUUCCUUGACAUCGUUGCUUUCCAAGGCGACUGAUAAAUGUAUCUUUGUGCUGGACGAACUGGACCACGUGGCACCCGCGCAAGCUCUUAGUUCCCUCUUCGAUCUCACCCAUGCUCACUCCUCCACGUUGCGCGUCAUCGGCAUUGCCAAUACCCACACCUUGACGGCGGCGUCAUCCUUGGCGGGUACUGGCUCAAAGAGCGUUACAACAUUGCAUUUUUCUCCCUACUCUGCCAGUCAGAUGUUGCAAAUUGUACAAACACGACUUGCUCCCCUCAUCGACGACCCAGCCUGCUCAGAGAAGAUGAAGAAGUUCUUGCCAGCGCCCGCCCUCACUUUGCUUUCGAAGAAGAUCGCUGCCCAGACGGGCGACGUACGGGCGUUGUUCGAGGUCCUUCGAGGUGCUAUUGAUCAGGCAACCAUGUCUCUGCUGAAGAAUAAAGACGUGUCUGCCGAUAGCAAGGUCGAGGCUGCCGUACCUGCUGUUACGCCGUCGCAUGUCCUCGCAGCUCUGAAAACUUAUACGCCCUCUACUUCGAAGAGAUCUACGACUACGGCUGCUACCUCGUUAAAUAACGAGAUCAUUACCAAAGUCCGCGAUCUGGGGAUGCAGGCGAGAUUGGUCCUGCUCGCCAUUCUUCUAGCUUCCAAGAGGUUGGAAGCCAACCUUUCAAUAUCCAACUCGGCACUGCCGUCCCCUUCAAAGCCUUCGAUCAAGCGAUCGACCUCGUCACCGUCUUCUCCGUCUGGGACCGCGACAGAUAUUGAUCCAACCGCACUUCACGGGUACUAUGUCGCAGUCUUGAAACGCUCGACAAAUGAUGUAUUCAGCCCAGUCUCGAGGAGCGAAUUCUCCGACUUGCUGGGAUUGCUUGAGACCGUGGGCCUUGUCUCGCUCUCAUCGUCUGCGUCAGGGCCUACGACUCCGACCAAGACUGGCCGUCGGUCCGUCGGCCGCUCAGCGUCGUUCUCUGCUGCAACCACCAAGUCUUCUAAGGGCCAGGGCGUGAGGCUCGCCGCCACUGUGAGGGCGGACGAGGUUCUGAGGGGUUUGGGGAUCUCAAACGGUGACGUAGGCGCGAUCGACCCUCGUCAAGAGGAAGUCAACGCGAUAUGGUCCAGGGAGCAGACCAAGAUAAAUCGUGAGCGCAAGCAUGCUGCGUCACCCACGAAGGCUGCAGAUGUCUUCGACGACGCCAAUGAGGAUUAGACUACUGUCCUACUCUCACAAGCCCUAUAUCCCCCAUAUCAUCUAUACCCCCUCUGUUCCGGCCGUCUCGAGGAACAAUCAUGUCGUGCUCCUAUAUGUCCUCAUUGUCUAUGCUGCCAUUCUUUCCUCUGUCUCCUUCAUCCUCAGGUUGCCGAUAUGGUGUUAUGCGUCUUUU